AUGAUGUAGUGAGUACCCAGUGGUGUGCUCGCGUUCAGACCGAGGUGACAUGUUACGCUUCUAUUUCUUUUUCUUUUUUUAAUUAAUACUCGAUAACGUUUACUGUGAUCCAGACACAGGGGAAGAAAGCUAACUUAGGUCGCUGUGUGGAGCGACGACUUGAUGCUUCUGCUCCGAGCACUCACCACCCUGGUGGUGGUGGGUGUAGUGUGGGCCAGCACAUGCCAGACCUUUGGCCAGGUCAAAUCAUGGACACAGAAUAGCAGAGAAUACAGGUGUGGCCAGAACUGUAUGGCCAGUAGCUCCCGUGUGUCUGGCACUGAAUACUACGAUCAGGGCUCGCCAGUGUGUGUGGCAGCACUUCACUCCGGUGCCAUUAACACCAACGGAGGAGUAUUCACUAUCACAAGAUCGUACAGUAGCGCCACUCCACGCCUUUAUGGCUCCGCUAGGAACAGAAUUCUCUCAAACAGCAUGACAUCACAGGGUCUGUUUGUGUACAAGAUAGAGAAGACUCAAGCUACUGUUACUGAGGCCGACCUGAGUGAGGACGUGGUAGUGGUACACAACUCGUACACCCAGGACCGCAACUCAUGCCCUUACGACCCUGUAAAAUCCAGAGCCUGCUGCACCGUCCUCGUUGCCUGCCUCAGCCAGGGGUCUACCUCCCCCCGUCUUGUUGGAUGGGAUUUCGCUGAACGAAGUUACAUAAACACUGCAGUGAUAAGCAGUUCCCGCCAUCGCGUUGUGGUGGCGAGCAGUGGAGCCAAUCUUCAUGCAGUCGCGUGUUUGGGGAGAAGUCCUGCCACAGACGUCUCCCUGUGUCAUACAGUUUCCUGGUGCAAGAUACCAGUCCAGUUCCCCCACUGUGAGGUUCAGUAAGGGGCAACAGAUGACCAUCCCAUUAGUUAAGAGGCCUUCAACCUUACCUAACACGGUGUAUACGCGGAGACUACCAGAUAAAUGGACGUCCAGUACUUCUGACAUACUGCCUCUCAUGUGGUCACAAGCUGAACUUUACCACUAGCGUCUACCUGGUCAACCACGAAAAUGGCGAAUCCCCAAGUUCUCAUAUAACAGCGGGUUACCUGAGUAUGGUGGUGAGGUG